CUGUGUUUGUUUAAAUUAUUCCAAAGUGUAGCAAAAUUUUCGUUUUUGUUAUAUUUGCAUCGCAAUUUCUUGUUUCCCAGACAAAUUGAUUGGACUCGCCCUGUCGCACUUAGCGGGGCCUCUUGCGUAAAGAUAGAUAGUGAAUUUUGUUGGUGCGGGAGUGUGAAUGCGGAAUGAUUAUGUAGCAGUACAACUACAAUAUAGUAUAUUACUACUAUACUAGUACAGAAAACUCGAUAAUAUUAUUAGUACUCUUACUAGUUUAAAAUCAUGACUAUUGCUCGAGUUUUGUCAUUGUUUCUGAACAUUUAAUUUUUCUACAUAAACCAAAAUGGGAAAAAUAAACUGUGAAGCCUGCAAGAAGAAAUGUUCUGGGAAUGCUCUUCGUGUUCAGGAUAAAUAUUUUCAUGAAGACUGUUUCAAGUGCAAAGUGUGUUCUACAUCACUGGCUUCGGGUGGUUUUUUUGUGAAAGAUGACACCUACUACUGUACUAAAGACUAUCACAAGAACUUUGGGACUAAAUGUGCAGCAUGUGGGGACUAUGUUGAAGGAGAGGUAGUUUCAGCACUUGGGAACACUUAUCAUCAGAACUGUUUCAUCUGUGGUAGAUGCAGACAACCAUUCCCGACUGGUGAAAAGGUCACUUUCACAGGAAAGGAGUACUUGUGUACUAAGUGUCUGCAGAUUCCAGAAGUGAUGACACAAGCUCAUGAUGAUGGUAUUCAAGAAGAGCAACAAGAAGAAGGCAUAGAAUCAUCUGUUGAAAGUGGCCAAACUUGUGCAGGAUGUGACCAGGAACUAAAAGAAGGGCAAGCCCUUAUUGCUUUGGAGAAACCCUGGCAUGUUUGGUGUUUCAAGUGUACUACUUGUGGUACUGUUUUACAUGGAGAAUACAUGGGAAAAGAUGGCUUGCCGUAUUGUGAAAAACACUAUCAGAAGCUUUUUGGUGUCAAGUGCAUGCAGUGUGAUUUUUAUGUCACAGGGAAAGUAUUACAGUUACGGUUCUGUGGUUCAGAACGUAAGCGACGAUGGAGCAGUAGCUCUAAAGAAAUUGUAAUUGAUGAGACAGACUUUGAAGAUGAAGUUGAAGAAGACCCACGUUUAAAAAAAGAAGAAGAAGAAUUGUCGAAGAUAGCAAGUGGAAUUGGAAAAGUGUUUUUGAAGACUGUGCAGGAAAGAGAAAAGAUAAGAGCUUGGAAGAAAAGUCACAUUGAUCCCCGAAACGCUUCACGUGUUCCUUCAGCUACUCAUGAGGUUCCUGUUAAACUGCGCUAUGAUAGCCCUGUUAAUGCUUCACCAUCUCGAGCAACAGAUAGACCAAGACCUUGGGAAGAGGAUGAAUUUGAUCGAGGCUCCAGUAAUAGGUCAUCUCUUGGAAAAUCUGGACGCACCACACCAACUUAUAAUGUGGUGUCUUCACUGCGGGCAGUGCCAAAACCAGGUUAUGGCUUUGCAACUAAAUCGGCUACUCUUCCUGUUGGAGGUCGAGACUAUGUGGCUGGUGAUUUUAGCUUUGGAAAGUUAAUGAACAUGGAGAACACAGAUUUUAGUAGUGCUAGGUCAGAUGUUUCAGGAAUUUCUGGACAAGAUCAGCAAGAAGUGAACCAUAGUGCAGUCGGUGGUUUCCGUAAUACCCCUAUCUCUGAUGUAUAUGGUGGUUUUCGUUAUACUUCCUACAGUCCUCACUUCAGACGAUCUAUGCCUAAUGUUACUUUUCACUUAUCUAAUGAGCCACCAAAGCUGUAUCCAUAUCAUCUCCUGAUGAUUACCAAUUAUCGCUUGCCACCUGAUGUGGAUCGAUGCCACCUAGAGCGCCAUCUGUCAAACCAAGAAUUUCAGCAGAUAUUCCACAUGUCUCGAAUGCAGUUUUAUCGUAUGUCAGAGUGGCGGAGAAAUGAUCUGAAGAGGCGAGCUAAGUUGUUCUAACAGUGUUGCUAGAUCUGCUCAGCUGUCAGUCCUGUUUGUCUAAGAUUGUUAUAAUAAAAUUCAAGAAGCUAGGUUUUUAGGAUAAAAAGUUUCUCUCUUUUUUCCUUCUUACCAAACUUCUCGUUUGUUUGCUAAACUGCUUUCUACACAUAAAUGGUAUCACUUUUUGUGGUAAAUGUUUUUUUUUCUGACGGGAAGGUUAUUGUAGUAGCAAAAAUAUUAAUUAUUGUGUAAAAAUAUUCACUGUUAUGGGUUUACCUUUAUAUACAGAUAUACACACAUUGAUACAUAUAUUCAGAUGUGUUUACUUAGUUGUAUACAUCUUUGUUGGUUCUUAUCAUCACCCUGGGUUGAGAAAUGUUUCUUCUCAGUGGGAAUACUCACCAUCAUUUUAAAGCGACUGUAAAAUUGUAAGUUCUUGGUGAGUAUCCUACUGUGUAAAACCAUUAAAUAAAAAUAUUAAUUAUUGGAUUUUUUUUUUCUUGUAAAACUAGAAACAAGAUGUGCAUAUUUUGACUUUGAAAUGUGGUAAUCAUGUAUAUUUAAUCUUUAAAUCUUUAAUCAAUGGUAAUAUCUGAAAGUGUUUGUUAGAAAAACAAAAAAACAUUCCUGCCCAGUGGAAAUGUUCACUUUUAUUUUUUUAGAAUUUCAUAAUGAAAGUGUGAAUUAUUUUUGUCUAUAUGAUUUAUUUAGAUCUUCUGAUUAAGGAACUUUGUUGUAAAGUAGAAAGGAAAAAGGUAUGUCCUUGUUGUAAUUUAAUUUGUUUUAUGAUUCUACCACUGAAAGAAGGUGUAAUGAAAUCAACAACAGAGAAUGCCACAACUUAUUUAACAGUGGUUACAUCUUGUUCAUUAAUAUUAGUAAAAGUGAUUGUAUCUUUAACUGAUAUCUGCUUUGUAUUUCAUAAAUUUUAGGACUAAGAUGAUUUAUAUGUUAGCCAUUAAUGACACUGGUUAAUGUUUUAUGUAUUGUGAAGAACAUUGGUUCAAUUAGUUAGAUUGUGUCAAAGGGUCUAUUUGAAUUAUAUUUGUGUAGUUACAGUAGUCACUGUUAGUUGACAUUAUAAUAGUGUGGUAAAAUGUAGUGUUUUCUCCUGAAAUGAGUUUCCACUGCUUGUAUUUUAUCAGUUGUUAAUGUGUAAAGAAGAGGAUGUGUAGAAGUAUUUCGCGAUUUUUUUUAGUUGACCGAUAGAUUUGAUGUAUUAUGAAAGAAGUAUUUAAAUUUUGUUGAUUAACCUUUAGCAUUAAGAAAACUAAUAUAUAAGAUUCAAAGUUAAACUUUGUGGUAUUUGGUUGUGUUGUACAGGAAGAUUUUUAAAAAUUGGAUAAUGACUACAUAAGUUUUUGGGUGUAGAUAAAAUGUAUUGUUUCCUUUGAUAUUCUAGUUUUAUUUUUUUGAAUCAUUAUACUCCAGAUUAGAAGUUUACCUUUUACAAACAUCUAAGGUGUAUUAAGGACAUUCUAUUGUGAUUGGUUUUUAACGAUAAAUUUUAUAACCUAUUUAAAUAUUGAGUAAUAAUCUUGUAUGUUUAUGUAUUGUUGUGAAUACUUUUACGUUUUUUCUCUCUCUCUCUCUCCGUUUAUAAUUUUAUCGUGUUUUUUGUUUGUGAACCACCACAUUGUAUGUGCUGUUUUGUCUAUCAACCAAAGCGUGUUGCCUUUACUUCAUAACUCUUGACUCGCUACUUCUGUGUUCAUUAGAACAUACUAUGUUUCAAGUCCCCCAUUUUGUUCAACAAAUGUUGGUAACUGAAUAUCCUACUGCCAUGUUAAAAUUCUGUAGACUAUCGAAAGUAUAGUAUCUGUUAUAGAUACUGAUAUUAAUAUUAGUAUCACUUAUCAAUACAACUCUUUGCAAGGAACUCCACUAGUGUAAAUUUUGCACGGGAUGUUGAUAUUCUUUAUAAAACUUGAAUAUGACGCCAGGAGGCGUAUUUUAUGUGCAGCUAAUUAUUGGACAUAAUAUUUAAUAGUUGUAACCUUUUUUCUUUUCUUUUUUUGCUGUUUGAGAUUAGAAUUUCGUGAAAUGAUUUUAUAAGAUGUAGGUCUAAUAUUAAUCUUCAAUCAUGUAUCAGACUUUUAUCGGAAAGAUUUAAUAUUAUGUGGAGUAGGCUUGCACGGUAACUAAAAAACGUCUUUUCAAAACACCGAGUCUUUGUACAAAUUAAUAUAAAACAAAGUACAAAACCAAAAUAUAUCCUUAUUUUUCACACUAGUCUGUCCCUUUUAGAUGUAUUUAUAACCCCUUUUUAAUCCACACAAAAAAAUUAGGAAUUUUAGUAAUUUUUACCCAGUUUUAACUUUGUAAACAGUCAUACAUACUUCUAUAAGAAAAUUAUAACUGCUAGGUGGUAGCACCACUGCAGAUGUUCAAAAUUACUUGUGAGAAAAUUAAUUCAUAUUGUCGUAUGGUGUCGUAGCGUUGUUAAUAUAAUUCAGAUAAAAGUAGUGUCUGAAUAUGUCGUUUUAAAAUGUUUUGUUUUGUAGAUGCCAACUAUUGAGAUAAAUUAAAUAUUUCACGGUAAGAUAUACAUUUGUGUUAUAUUCAAGUGUGUGUUAGACAGUUGUUAACAUGUAUUCUUAGAAAAUCAGGGAUGAAAACGUGGCAGACGACAAAGUAAUUUCACUAGCGCCAUCUAGCGAAACGUAAAUGACUAAAGGACAGUUUAUUAAAAUAUACAUUUUGAAAAGAUGUUUUAAUUUAGGAAUUUUUUUAUUACGAUCCAGUAAUCGGGAACCAUUUUAUAACUCGGCAGUUGUUUGAUACAAUAUUCUGUAAGAAAUGUCAUAGAUAAUGGCUACUUACUGUGGAGGAAUUAGUCUGUCAAAAGGUACUUUUUGAUGUCAUCUGUCAAAUUUUGUUUGUGAAAGUUGAUUUUAUUUAUCAUCGUUACAAGAUCAUUCGUUGUUGUAAUCAGGAAUUAAUGAAUAUUGUACCUCAAAAUAAAUUUUAUACUAGAAAAAUGUUUACUGAAUGGGCACCAAAAUAAGUUCACUUUUUUUUGUUUUAUGUGCUGUUUGUGUACUGCUUGUCACGUGUUCGAUUGAAAAAAUAAACUGCAAGUAAAGAAAAAAAA